AUGACAGGAAAUAACAAUAUAAAUCAAUAUGUAAAUAAAAAACCGGUUGAACUAGUUCAAGAAUUAGAAAAAUAUGAAAUUAAAAAGUCUUCUUUAUCUCUGGCUGCUCGGAGUAAAGUAAAUAAUAAAAGUGGCAGUAAUUAUUUAAGUGAGAGUAAGAGUGAUUAUGGACCUUGUAAAAAUUCCCUUUGUGGUUGUAGUUGUUCUUCAUAUACAUGUGAUUGUUCUAGUGAUACUAUACGAUUUGGAGGGACUGGUUCUAGUCUUGGAGUUUAUGGUAGAAAAUCAGUAAAAGAAACUGACCCAAUGAAUUGGGACGAGUUAGCGUUGAAAGCGGUGGGAGCAAAAGAUGAAGAAGUGAGUGGGCAAUUUAGUGCUUCGGCAUUCGGUUAUAAAGAUAGAGACGGCGAACUUAAAAUUUUAAGUGGCACAGCCGGCGGUGAAAUUGGUAGGGGCGGCAUCAAGGGCAAACUAAGUGCCGACUUGUAUAAUGUUAAACAUGAUGGGGUUCAAGUAAGAGUUGGAAUUGCUGCCGAUACGGGUAUAUCAGUUGAGGAUGGUUUGGAAGUUAAAGCCGCUGGUUUUGGUUUUAGUGUUGGAAAGCAAACCGGAAUAAGCACUCCGAUUGGUGAAGUAAAAGUUGACACCGAGGACUGCAUUAUUCAAUAA